AUGACACUUCGGACCCUCGAUAUAACCUUUGGUAAAAAACCGUUUCGCCAAAAGACAAUUCGCCAUGGCGAAAUGUCGUGUGCCGUUUCGCCAACUGGCGAAAUGUCGUGUGCCGUUUCGCCAACUGGCGAAAUGUCAUAUGCCGUUGAAAAUAGUGAUAGUAGUUGGAAGUCAUUUUAUAAUAUCGAAUCCAAAAAUUGCCUUCUUCAGGGUUAUGGUGAUGAUCUGACAGCGAUAUGUAAAGGUAAUGACCGUAAAUAUAUAGUGAAGAAACUUAUGGUAUUUAUUAAAGAAAUAGAUAAAACAUUGAAAGAUUUGACAUCAGAGAUAAUAAUACAUUUAAUUGGGAUCAACACAUACAAUCAGUAUGGGCAACACACAGUGGAUAAUUAUGAUUCAGCAUGUGCAUAA